AAAUUAAAUUAAUUAAAUGAGGCCUUUUCAUGUCAGAGGUACAGACAGAGCAAUAAUGACAGUAAAAAUCAAUCAAGAUGGAGAUUUAUUCUUUACUGCCUCACAAGAUGGUGGUAUAAAUUGUUGGUUGACAGAGACUGGUGAAAGAUUAGGAAAUUACAAAGCAAGUGGUGCAGUUAAGACAUUAGACUUAACAGAUAACAGUGAAUUAUUAGUUAGUGGUUCUUUGGAAGGUUCUGUUGAUUUCUUUUAAAUCAAUGGAGGAAAGAGUCUUGGUAAAUUAACUGCUGAUAUGAGAAAGGCCAAAUGGGUUGAGUUUUCUUUUGGGGAUGAAAAUUUAAUUAUUGUAUAUUAACCAAUGACUUCGACAAUCAAUUAUGAGACUCGUAUCUUGAAAGUGCAAGAAAUCUUAGAUAAGAUUAAAUUGAGAUAAACAUAAGAUGUAUUGGAAAUUACAGACACUCUUGUGACUCCAGAUAAAUUCAAGACUACUCAAGCAAGUUGGGGAUAUUUGAAUCAAUCUAUUGUAAUGGCAUCAACUGAAGGAGAACUCUUAUUGUUAUCUUAUCCAUAAAAGGAGGAAAUUAGAAGAGUUUAAGUGCAUGAUGGAGAAAUCAAACAAUUUACAUUUGCUAAGGAUUUUUCAAUUUUGGCCACUGCUGCUAAUGAUGGAUGCAAGAUCUUUGAUCCAACUACUUUAUAAUAGUUGAGAUACUUCAAAUAUGAAGUUCCCAUGAAUGCUGUUGCAAUCUCUCCAUUAUUCAAUUUGGAACAAAAGCCAAAACCUCAUUUAAUAGUUGCAGGUGGUAUUCCAGCAAGAGAAACAGCCAGAACAAAAUUUUAAGGAUUUGAUAUACAUAUUUGCAAUGUUAUUUAUGAGGAAGAAGUUGGAAAAUUAUUAAAUCCUAAUCAGAUAGGACCUAUCAACGCUUUGGCAUUCUUCCCUGAUGGAAAAGGAUUUAUUACUGGAGAAGAGGGGCGGAUAUUCAAGAGUCUAUAAAUUUGAUUAGACUUAUUGGGAAAAUGAUUUGUUCAAGUGAAUUUUAGAUUUGUAUAUUUACGUACAUUAUAAAAAGAAAGUAUCUGUAAUAAAA